AUAAUGAAUUUGAUAUUAAUAAUUAACUAAUUAAGUUAAGUGAUAGUGACUGUUUUUGUUUUAAGUUGUAUUUCGACAUGUUUGAUGAAGCAGCAUGUUUGUAACCCUCUUAUCUUCAUUGUUUAACAAUGUUGCCCUUGAGAAGUUUUAUAGUCUAUUCUAAAACUGUCCUUAAAUGUAAUUCUAUGAGAGACUGCCAAAUUUUAGGAGUUUUCAAUUAUUGUUUUUCCAGAAGGAUUGAUGUAAUAUCAAGGCUUAGUUCUAGUUACUGUGGAUUUACUGAUGAAGAUAAAAAAUUGUGUAUUGAAAGACUGAAAAAGGUAAAAAUGUCUCCUAACCCGAAGUCAGAAAAGUUAGGUAAAGCAGCAGUACUUAUUCCAUUGUGCUGUGUAGAUGGUGAACCUUCAAUUCUGUACACUCUUAGAAAGGGGCAUCUGAAGAGGCACAAAGGUCAAGUAUCAUUUCCUGGUGGCAAGCAUGAUUCUGAUGAUACCGAUUUGGAGCAUACUGCCCUUCGUGAGACUGAAGAAGAACUCGGAAUUCCACAAUCUUCAAUUGAAGUUUGGGGUCAUGGCAACACUUUUUCAGCAAGAGAAUUCAACAUUUUACCUGUUCUAGGCUAUGUGGGUAAUAUUAAUGUCAGUAAUUUGAAACCGAAUCCUUCUGAAGUAGAAUUGGCGUUUACUGUCCCCAUAAGCCAUUUUUGCAACAAUCAAAACUGCAAGUACACUCAAUAUCGGAAUGGAUCAGGUUAUAUCUUACCAGUGUAUAUUAAAGGGGAUUUAAAAGUAUGGGGAAUAACGGCUCUUAUUACCCAUAUUGUCUUGCGGUCACUAGUGCCAAAACAAUACAAAUUUGAACUCCAAUUUGUAAGACCUAUUUUUCCAUAGUCUGUGAUAUUUAAACUUUUUAGGCUACCACAUCUAUGUAACUUGACAACUUUAACUUAUUUAUUCCAUAAUAAGGUUAGGCGAUCACCUUAACAAUUCAGUCGAUUGGUAAUUUACUACUUAAGCUCAUACAAAUAUCUUGGCCAUCUCGUUCUAUUGAUAUUCAGAACUAAAAUGUCUAAUGUAACUUAUUAGAAUUCAGCAACUUUGCAGUUGUUUGGAUGACACAAAUCUCUACACAAAUAAAAGGUUUUAAAAAAAUCCAUGCAAAUGGAAUAUAAUCCAAUUUUCUAACCAUGAAUUUAGGUCAACUAAUUUAGAACAGUGAGUUGGUGAAUAAAGGACCUCUUUGAUGAGAAGGGGUAUAAAUCCUGUAGUUCCUUAAUAGGCUGGUACAAUACCUAGGCAUUACUAUCAUUAGGCCUACCUAUUUACUAUUCAGUCACUAGUUCACAGUUCAGUACAGUUGUCUUUAUUAUCUGACCUAAUUUGGCCACCUUACAAGGUUAAGGUUAUAAACGGAAAGGUCCGAUAACACAGUUAAACAUAUAAAACACCAUUGUAAAAAUAUCAAGAAAAAAUGUGUUUAAUCAGAAAGUUACAAAAUAGCCUAGGUAUAGGUUUUUAAAAUUGAAAUAUUAGCCUAAAUCUUAGUUGUUAGUACAUUAUACUUUUAUUGAAUUUUUUACAUUUUCAGGCCGCUUAAUCCCUUAGUCAUUUUAGAUCUUAGUACCUUUUAGAUAGGGUCAGAUAAUUGAGACUCAAUUGGGCAUUAGUUAAUUUAUAUCACUAAAGAAAUUAUAUUGAUAAAAAAAUUUGGUUAAAUUUAACAGUUCCAAAGGCAAACACCUAAGUUAUGUUCUAGCUUGUACUAAAACUCUUGUCACCCUCCACUUUUUAGUGUUGGCGAAAAACUAAAAAUUUGUAUAAUCCAACCUGAAUAAUCAGUAGUUUUCAAACAGUUGUGUGGGCUUUAAACCCCCAGACAACAACAUCGACAUACAACUUCCAAGUAAGUUAGGUAGGCCUACUGAUUUUCUAUCUUCUGUCCCUGAUGAGUUGAUUGCUAUAAUAGAUAUGUGCAACUGCCAUAGUUGAGAAGCCAAGCAAAACAAUAAUAAAAAAACACCAAAUGAAAGGAAUGUUAUGCUCUUCGAGACCCAGAUUUCUUAAUUUCUGACCCUAUGUUUCAUCGUUCAAUCACUAGUACUCAACCUAAACCCUGUGUGUUAUGACGGUUUGCUGUAAAGCAGUGUUGUGUUGAAAAUGUAACAGAAUGGGUGCUUUUUGGUACCAUUUUAUUGAGCUAGUUAGCUAAAUUUAUUCCAUAGAACUCAUGCUCAAGACAAAGUAAACAGAAAAGUUACCCUUUUGAUUAAUUAAAAAAAAAUCACUAGUAAGGCCCUUACAAAUUUGUCAUUAUGUGUUUGCAUACUGCCGACUUAUAUACCUCUACUUCCUCCCUUUUUUUGGGCCUACCUAGUCAAAAUGAAUGUGAUAUUUAAAUGUGAUUGGCUUCUCCUUUAGAUGUCUAUUUUCAGUGCGACUUGUUUUAAUAAAAAUAUUAUUUCAAC